GUGACGUCGCGUGGGCGGGUCCCGCCGCGCACAAUGGGCCAUGGAGUUCCCGUUCGAUGUGGACGCGCUGUUCCCGGAGCGGAUCACGGUGCUGGACCAGCACCUGCGGCCCCCGGCCCGCCGACCCGGAACCACAACGCCGGCCCGUGUUGAUCUGCAGCAACAAAUUAUGACCAUUAUUGAUGAAUUGGGCAAGGCUUCUGCCAAGGCCCAACAUCUUCCAGCUCCCAUUACUAGUGCAUCAAGGAUGCAGAGUAACCGCCAUGUUAUUUAUGUGCUCAAAGACACUUCAGCAAGACCGGCUGGAAAAGGAGCCAUUGUUGGUUUCCUCAAAGUUGGAUACAAGAAACUCUUUGUUUUGGAUGAUCGUGAGGCUCACAAUGAAGUUGAACCCCUUUGCAUCCUGGACUUUUAUAUCCAUGAGUCACUUCAACGCCAUGGCCAUGGGCGGGAACUCUUCCAGCAUAUGUUACAGAAAGAGCGUGUUGAACCACACCAGCUGGCCAUUGAUCGACCCUCACCGAAGCUGCUAAAGUUUCUGAAUAAACACUACAACCUGGAGACCACAGUCCCACAGGUGAACAACUUUGUGAUUUUUGAAGGCUUCUUUGCCCAUCAGCAUCGGCCCCCUGCUCCCUCUCUGAGGGCAACUCGACACUCUCGUGCUGCUGAUCCUACGCCCGCUGCUCCAGCAAGGAAGCUGCCUCCCAAGAGAGCAGAGGGAGACAUUAAGCCCUACUCCUCUAGUGACCGAGAAUUCCUGAAGGUAGCUGUGGAACCUCCUUGGCCCCUGAACAGGGCCCCUCGCCGUGCUACACCUCCCGCCCACCCACCUCCCUGCUCCAGCAGCCUAGGGAACUCACCAGAACGGGGUCCCCUCCGCCCUUUUGUGCCAGAGCAGGAGCUGUUGCGUUCCCUGCGCCUCUGUCCCCCCCAUCCCACCGCCCGCCUCCUGCUGGCUGCCGACCCUGGAGGCAGCCCCACCCAGCGUCGCCGUACCAGCUCCCUUCCCCGAUCUGAUGAGAGUCGAUAUUGACAGACAGUUAACCCCCAACCAUCCCUGGGAGGCAUGGGGUGGGCAGUGACCCCUAUCUCUGAAAUCCCUGGACUUACUCUUCCAUUGCAUUCCCAUGGAUCCACUGGGACCUGAAACAGGAUUUCCUCUUCCCUUUUCUUAGAAAGCUGAGCUUUUGGGGUCCAGAUGACCUCAUACUUUUCCACUUUUCUUAAAAUAGAAGCACUCCUUCUUUGGGCUCUGAAUGUUUCCUAGUCAGCCCAAUUUGCUAUCACAUCCUUUGGUUACGCCACUGAUAUUAAUUACCCAGAAAAAGCACACUCUUGCUUGCUGUCAGACUCUAGAAUAAGGUUAAAGUUCCAAGGGCGACCUCUACCAGGUAAACCUAUGUCCAUGGAAUAAAUCCCAUAAUUCCUCCACAGUGUCUACUGAUAUUUCUAGUAAUGCUUUUGUGCUGUCUACUACACUCAGCCUUUCAGCCUGCUGAUGCCAGCUCAUAAGUUUCUGGCAUCUCUUCAGAGCAGUCCAGUUACUUAGGACAGGGAUAUACCAGCUCCCCAAAAGGAUCCAUUCAACAUUGCCAAACUCUUGAUUUAAACAUUUUAGUGUAUUUAUGUGUCAGGGAAUCCCCAAGCUGAUGUCUCCUCUAGGGCUUGGUGAUUAGCCACUUUUCUAAAGACAUACCACUCUCCCCAAAUUCUGAGAGAGUUUGUUUCCUGGCAGUAGAUCCCAGCAAGCACCUUCGGAUCACUUUUAGCCAUGUUUCAGAAGAUACAAAUCUAAAGAUUUGAGUCUCAAGACCCAUUGGCUCCUAGAAUCUCUUUCACAUCCAUCUUUCCUGUAGCUAGUUGCUGACAUAGUCCUGUCUUGUGAGAUUGUCUUGUGAUAAUGGGGAAACCCUUACUUUGUCUGCCUUCUUACUCCAUAGCAAGAACCUUUUCUCCUGCACCAUACCCAGGAUAUAGAAUAUCUUCCUUCCUUGCCUUCUGAAUGGUAGGUCAGUACCCCCACAUUUUCUCCCCAAAUCCUUGGGAGCAGGAUCUCCCUUUCCUGUCACUCCUUUAUUUUUCCUCCCUCUAAUAUUGUCUCCCUCUUAAUAAAGUGUGAGUUUUUUUUUCUGUUUU